AUGGCCUACGGCACCUACGCCUUGACGCAGUACGAGGCCAAGAAGCAGACCGGCGAGUUUGUUGGUUCGUCCGACACCGUCACCAAGGUGGCUAUCGGUCUCGGUGCCUUCUGCGUAGUGACCACUCCGCUCUUCACCUGGGCAAGCACAAGGCGAGCAGUGCGGCGAUUGUGGGCCGUUCCCAGGUCGGCCAACACCAACGUGGCCUCGGCACUGCGAGUUGAAACGCAUUCGUUCUUCGGAGGACCUGGCAAGACAACCGACGUUCAAAUCUCUGAGAUUGUGCCCGUCGGUCAUAUCAACCCCGCAGAGCGUCUUGUUCGGUUUCAGCUCAGGGAUAACAAGCUUUUCGUGAUGACGCGCGACCGGGGAGAGUUCCACAAUGAGGAGGCCCUUCAGCGCUUGCUCAACAACAAGCCUGUAACCUUCUCUUGA